CGGUGCGGGCUGCGGAGCGCCGCCGCUUCGCCUUCAAAGUGUGUCAGCCGGCUGCGGGCUUCGCUUCUACUUGCCGCGGGUUUUCUUUUUUUCUUCUUUUAAAUAACUGUUUUGCCGUUUUAUUAUUUAUUUUUUUCCUACUUCGUUGCUGUUAUUUUUGUUAUCGUUGUUUGUAAACUAAUUGCCUCCAUGGGGGGCGGAGGAAAGGAAAUCAAAGCUGCCGCAGCUGAAGGGUGUGCGAGCACGCUGGGGAAGAGCCGAGGAGCCGCAGGACAGGAUGGCAGCGGGAAGCCCGGCGGCAGCGGGAAGCCCGGCCUCGGGAAGCCCGGCUGUGGCGGGGACCGCUGCCCGCGGCGGGCCGGGCCGGUCGGCUCCGCGCUGGCCGCGCUCCUCUCGGCGCUGGCCGCGGCCUCCUGCGUCUACCUGGGGGUGCGGACCAGCGACCUCCAGGCCAGGGUCGCGGCCAUCGAAGGCGCCCGAGGGGGCUUCUCUGCCGCCGCCCCGCUCCCGCCGCUGCCCGGCGUUUCCUUGGAGCAGCUGAACGCGAUGAUGCAGGAGAAAGUGGAGCGACUUCUCGCCCAGAAAUCCUACGAGCACUUGGCCAAAAUACGAGUAGCGAGAGAAGCGGCUCCAGAGUGCAACUGCCCACCAGGUCCUCCAGGGAAAAGAGGUAAGCGGGGAAGAAGAGGAGAGACUGGACCUCCUGGUCAGCCUGGUCCUCAAGGCCCUCCUGGUCCAAAAGGCGAGAAGGGAGAUCAAGGUGAUCAGGGCCCUCGGAUGGUGUUUCCUAAAAUCAAUCAUGGGUUUCUCUCUGCUGAUCAGCAGCUCAUUAAACGCCGCCUCAUUAAGGGGGACCAAGGACAAGCUGGACCCCCUGGACCUCCAGGGCCACCAGGACCCAGAGGUCCCCCAGGAGACACCGGCAAAGAUGGUCCUCGUGGGAUGCCCGGCUUAACGGGUGAGCCAGGAAAACCAGGAGAACAAGGAUUGACAGGACCUCAGGGGCCUCCAGGACAAAAGGGUUCUGUUGGAGUGCCUGGUGUUCCAGGGAGAGAUGGACAAGUGGGUGAACCUGGUUUGCCUGGCAUAGCAGGAGAGAAGGGAGAAGCAGGGCUCAAGGGUGACCCUGGAGAAAGAGGAGAGAAGGGGGAUGCUGGUGAGAAUGGACUGAAAGGUGACACAGGAGAAAAGGGUGACCCUGGCUCUUCUGCGGCUGGAAUUAAGGGUGAACCCGGUGAAUCUGGGCGGCCUGGUCAAAAGGGUGAACCAGGCCUUCCUGGGCUUCCUGGACUUCCUGGAAUAAAGGGUGAACCAGGUUUCAUUGGUCCACAAGGAGAACCUGGGUUGCCAGGGCUACCAGGAACAAAGGGUGACAGAGGAGAGGCAGGCCCUGUUGGGAAGGGUGAGCGAGGGGAACCUGGAAUCCCUGGACCAAAGGGGAAAACAGGUGAACCUGGAUCUAGAGGCCCCAAAGGGUCAAAGGGUGAUACAGGUGAGAGAGGUGACACAGGAUCUGCAGGUCCACGGGGACCACCUGGACAGAAGGGUGAUCAAGGUGCAACAGAGAUAAUUGAUUAUAAUGGCAAUAUCCAUGAAGCUCUGCAGAGGAUUGCCACCCUGACUGUCACGGGACCACCAGGACCACCAGGACCCCAAGGGCUGCAAGGGCCAAAGGGUGAACCAGGAUCCCCAGGAGCUGCAGGAGCUGAUGGAGAGCAGGGUCCUAAGGGCUCAAAAGGAGACACAGGUGAUCCUGGAAUGCCUGGAGAAAAGGGAGGAAUUGGACUGCCUGGCCUACCAGGAGCCAAUGGCAUGAAAGGCGAAAAAGGAGACGUUGGUUUGCCUGGUGCCCAAGGUCCUUCAAUGAUAGGACCACCUGGACCACCAGGGCCACAUGGUCCUCCAGGCCCCAUGGGACCUCAUGGACUGCCUGGCCCAAAGGGCAUAGAUGGCCCAGUUGGUCCCCAUGGCCCUGCAGGUCCCAAAGGAGAGAGAGGUGAGAAGGGAACUGUAGGUGACCCUGGACCCAGAGGACCAUAUGGCUUGCCUGGCAAAGACGGCGAGCCUGGCCUCGAUGGUUUCCCUGGUCCUCGAGGAGAAAAGGGUGAUACAGGAGAAAAGGGAGAAAAGGGAUUCCGUGGAAUUAAGGGGGAAAAAGGGGAGCCAGGCCAGCCUGGCCUGGAUGGGCUGGAUGCCCCUUGCCAAUUGGGUCCUGAUGGAUUGCCAAUGCCUGGCUGUUGGCAAAAGUGAUGAAUCUAACCUUACAAGCAUGAAGUUGUGUAUAUAGUGCUCCACUUUUUUAUUUAUAGUUGAGAACUGAAAAUUUGAUUUUACAAGUCUGAGAUAUGUUUACAUGUAGCUGCUUCUACUUGUUUGCAAUAGUCCAUACAUACAUCUGUUUUUCACCUACAUCUGCAGUUAGAUGAUACAAUAACUGCAGGAUAAACCUGCAAAGAUUGUCUCUCUAAUGGGAGAGAUCUCAAAAUAAUGAUCAGUAAUAGAAAUUAAUAUUUCUGUAAAUUCUUAUAUUUUGGCUUGUGGAUGUGCAUGGACAAUGAGUGCCAUGAACUAGUUUACAAGAAAUUGUGACCAAAUAAGAGCAAAAUGCUAUGAAAUGUACUGUACCAGCUGCUGUUGGAGUUUACUGACUUGGCUUCCAUGUCCAUCUUAAGCACGUCACUGAUCCAUGACACCGCAUCUGCCCGUGUGCACUAAAAGCAUGAGUGUGUGUGCCAGACCUGCCUGCCGUGUGACCGUGAGUGGCUGCUGACGGUGGCCUUUGAUUCCAGCUUCUCAGUCAUUUCCUUUUGUCAUCUCAAGGGAGUCACACCAUGGCUCAUUGCUAAAAAGAGAUAAACCAGAGGAGCGUAGAGAGAGGCCUUGAAUUUUUGGGGAAUAGCAUUCCAGCUGCAGGUGGAUGGCUUCCAUUCUUGCGGGAUACUUGGCCCCUUGGAUGAGAGAGGGCCCCGCCUGUUGAUCAGCAUCGGUUUGCCUUGCACUGCUCACAGCCCUGAAGACAUUCACGAUAAGCCCUGUCGAGUCCUUCAUCGGGGGGACAGAAGAUUGAAGAAGAAACCAGACUUGUCUGUGGGUUGUUUGAAAAGGUUACAGAGGUGCUGCAGGGAUCAUUUGAUGGCAGACACCGCCUGAGACCAGAUGCUUCUCAGCCUCACUCGAGGACGAACAGAGUGUAUGCACUCUGCACGUUGUAUUUUGGGACUGCUACAGGAGAAAGCACUCUUGAGGUGGGGAUGAAUCAGAUCAUCCUCCAGAGGAGGAUAACAAUGGAACUGACCUGAGAUGUAUGUAUCAUGGUGUGGUUUUCAGAUUAUUCACUUUGAAUUACACAUAACUAGCUGAACUUCUCUACGGGAAUUUGGAAGCAAUGCUUGGUUUUGUUUCCUUUUCCUGUUUCUGUUGCCAUAAAGAAUGCAUUUCAAUAAUCUAUUCAACAUUUGUGAUGACGGCAUUGAAGAAAAUACUUUCAAGCCACAUAUUCGUCUUGUUUCAGUAUUAACAGUUUUUAUUUCAGAGUCUUUGAAGCCUUUAAGUCUAGAAAAGAAAGAGUUUAUUUUUAUGUUUCACAGAAUGAUGUAUUCAUCUUGCUCCUUUUAUGUUGUUACGGUUAUUUUAGUGGACAUUAUUGCUCAAAAACCAUUGGAGAGAAACAAUUCUGUGUGAUUAUCACUGCACGCUUGUCACCACACUCCACUGUUGUUGAUUGUUGAUGUGUUGAUUUUUCUCCCUUUCUGUUCAGAUGGCUUUCUAGAGAAACAUUUCCCUCUCCACUAAUUUUUUUAAUGCUAGAAAUAUGUGAUUUGUGCACAUUUGUAGUUUUGCCACGAGGUAUUUUUUACAAUUUUGAGUCUUCAUAUGGUGCACUGAAGUUAGUUUGAGAGUAUAAUUUAUGAGAAAUGGUGCCAUAUUUGGCAGAUGGAAAUUCUUUUUAUAUCACUUCUGUUCCUAAUGUAUAUAGCAGAAUCAUCCCGUUUUUAGGAGGAUUUUUUUUGAGAAGUUGUCUUUCAUAUGUAGACCAAAACUAAGUUGAAGAAGACAGCUUGUCUCCAUUCAUAUGAGGGCACCUUUUGCCCUUUUUAGAACGCACAUUUUUCCUGGCUCCAUCAUUUCUAAAUCAUAUGAAGAUGGGGUCACACUUUUUGUAUUGCUUCACAAUCUCAGAUCAAUGGAAAUGCCACUAUAAUUGAAUAUUUCUCUUUGAUUAAUCUUUAUUGUCAUUUUGGUAUAUUGGAGUCAAACCCAGCUUUUCAUUGAGGAAAACCCAGAUUUUUAAAGCAAAAAGUCAAUUUAGUGGCCUCCAAUUAGUGUUAUCUUACUAAUUCAAACAAAAAUCUCACACUAUACACUGAAUACAUGUGUAUUUUUACUGCUCAAUCCCUUCUUUCCAAUAGUAAGAAAUAAACAAGUGUUCACAGAAAUGAGGAAAUAUGUUUUGCUUUCCCUAAAUUUUCAGAGAUGCAAGUAUCAACCUGUUAGAGUAGUGAUGAUUUCAACAGUGGGAACCUUCAGGAGGGACAGAGAGAAUAUAAAACGUUACCGGAGGGUUACAGCCAUAGCACCACUGAGGGCCUUUCAGAGGGAGGACAGGAGCAGCACCCUGUAAGCCUCUGAGCUGCCACUUUCAGGCUGCUGUUGAGGCAGCAGUGUCUCCAGGAACCAGCAGGCUGGGUGAGGAGCAAACUCACCAGGAAAGAGUCGCUCGCGCCGUGUCCUGACUUGGCACAUUUGGCUGCGUGGAUGGCACAUGUGGAGACCAGAAGCUGAAUGUUUGUUAAGAUAUCGAAUACUGGCAAUCAAUACAGUAAGAUGAAAUAUUUUUUAAAGGUCCUUCAGAGUAUUUACCUGCAAAAUCAAGUAGGAUGUUCAUUAUCUGGCUUGAUGAUUUAGCAACUCCAUAUUGAGACUGUCCACAAACACAACUAAUUUAAGAAAUAGCAACAAGAUAAAUAAUGCUGAUAAAUAAUUAGCACUUUCUUUCUUUUUUUUUUUUUUUUUAAUUUGUAUACUUACAUUUUUUAACUGCCCUCCUAGCAUCCAUUUCUAUAUGCACCAAUAAAGUUAGCAGAGCUUUGGCCCACAGUUUUGUCAUUCAGGAAAUAAUUAUAGAUGCUACUGUUAAAUGUUAGUCAAAACUCAAUUCUCCUUUAACUCCCUUGACACUGAGACCCUACUGAAGGAACACUUCAGCACCUUCAUUUGCUUUCUUUUCUGUCUUGUAAAUUAAUUUCUUUAUUAAAUUUUCGGCAGGUAGGAAUACUUUUCAAAUAAUCUUACUUGGCUUUUUUAGCCUUUGUGUUGUUCAGUAUCAUGGAAUGUUCAUUCCUUUUAAAUAACCAUGAGUGAGCAGUAAAUAAACAAUUUCAUUUGAAUGGUUAAACUACAUACAUAGAUUUGGCAUUAAUACUUGCAUCUCAGAUUGAAUUGAAAUGAAACUUAAAACUGUCUAGAAAAGUUGCAUGGUCAGUACAAGAGAAAAAAAAAUUAGGUUUAAUAUUCCAUCAAGAAAAGCACCCUGUGAAGACUUGCAACGUGUUUGUUUUGUUCAAGAAGCAACUAUUUCUGGUGCUAGUAUAUCUUUUUCCUUUUGAUGGCAAAGCUACAGUUUGAACUGCCAGUGUGUUGUUGUAUCUUUUAGUGGCAUUCCUGCAGGAAGAUAUGAUUUGUUUUGUUUAGUUUGUGACAGGAACAGUAGUUCUUCUACCAGUCUUUUCAGUUGUAGAAAUGUGUAGUGGUAUUAGUCUACACAGUUUCUAUAUCCCUGACUUUUCAGGUAUGAAUAAUCCUUGUUUCUUUGAGAGUUUUCAGUAUUUGUUUCAUAUGAAGUUUUGUAAUUAUCUGUUACUCCAGUGCAUUAAAGCCACAUUGUGCAGAAAUCCUGCUACAGAGGCCGCAAAUCUUUUAAGCACUGUAUGGAAUAUGUCUGACAUACAUGGUCUUUGUCUUCAUAUUCAUGGACUAACUAUGGGAAAGCUUUCUUUCAGGAUGCUUUGGAAAACUUUAAUUUUUCCUGAGGUAAAGCAUGAGAUGUUAAAUCACAGAACAAUGAUACAAUGUAUUUUUUAUUUCUAUUUUUAUUUAUUGCUGGUCGUGAUGUCAUAUUCUGAUAGUGUAGCAAAGCAGAAUGAUACUCUUCGUGCAGCUGUUUGUAUAUUCUUUCAGUCUAUGGUGUAAGUAGUAUGAAAGAGUUUCAAAACAAUCGGAUCCAUUUAUCUGCACGUGUGUAAAGUAUGGAGUUUUUUUUAAAGUAUGGAAAAGGAAUAAUUCUUAAGGUUGGUGUAUGGUGUGGACAGUUAGCUUUGGCGCCCCAGUGAGCAUCACACCGUGGACGGGGUGCGUGUGCCCACGAGAGAGACAGAGCAACCCCAGGUGAGAUCAGCUGGCCUCUGGUGACAGAGCAGCCCCAGGUGAGAUCAGCUGGCCUCUGGUGACAGAGCAGCCCCAGGUGAGAUCAGCUGGCCUCUGUGACAGAGCAGCCCCAGGUGAGAUCAGCUGGCCUCUGGUGACAGAGCAGCCCCAGGUGAGAUCAGCUGGCCUCUGGUGGGAGGGUGCUGCUUGCAGGAUACGUGGCUGGGAUCCUGGAUCCCCAUGGGGCGAGGAGGGAGGUGUCCCACUGUCUGCCCCAGAACUGAGAUGGCAAUCCCGGCUCAGCCAUGCAGGGCUCGUCCCUGGCUGUGCCUCCCCAGCCCCAGCAAGGGCAGGGGACAGAGAGAAGCCCUCUCCUUGCAAAGCUCUUUGAAAUACACGGGAGGGAGCACCCAGGUGUUACACUUUGUAAUGAGGGGCAUAUUACUGCCCUCGGCAGUGGGGUUUUGCCUGAACCAGGGCUACUUCAGUAAGAACUGCAGAGAUAUUGUCAGCCUAUUUUAUUGGAAGUGAUGGAAAGGUUCAAGGCAUGCAGAGGUUGACCCUUCCCUUCAAAUUUCCUGAUCUCUGCUGCUUGACCAUCUUAUAUUACAUUUUUAAAUCUCUGUAUUUUACCUAAUGAGAUUCCUAAAUUUUCACACUAAAGACUCACACAAAGCACAUCUGCAAAGAUAGUGGUCAAAAGAAAGUAUAAUUUGUAGUCAUUGUAAAAAUUCUGUUUCAGUGACUGGAAUUAAAACUAACACUGAUUUUUUUUUUCUGCCAUUUCUUUUUAUGGAUGUCAAUGUUGCUGUAAUGUACAAAUGAAGGUUUUCUUGCACCCUCUGUCAUUAAAGUAUUUUACUUGGUGGUUGGAUUCAUUAAAUGCAGUUAGAAACAAGUGCCUGCCACCAUUAUUUCUGAAAAGGAUACUCUACAGAACAAGUGGAGUUUGUAUUUUAAAAGGGAUUUGGAGUGUUGUUUUUGUUUCAUUUUGUUUUUAAAUGCAUCCAAUUAUCAAUGCUGCUUGGAAAUUGAAUUUUCUUUGAAAGCAGGGGGCCUUAACCUGGGACCGUUAGUGUUUUACUUGUUUCUAUUUUAAAAAGAAAUUGUAUUAAUCUCCCAGAUCCCAUUGGUACUUGCACACUUCCCUGAAGUAUUAUGGAGAGUUGGGUUGGUGGAAGAAUGUUUUACAUAUUGUUAACAUAUAUGUGGAUAUUCUUAUAUUAUUGUACAUGUUUGGAAAAAUAUCACACAACUUUAAAAAUGUUGCUAAGAUGUAUGUAUCUGACUUUUUCCUUUGGAAAAUAUUAUAUAUUUUUAUUUGUAUUUUUUACUUUUUUAAGUUCAUCUAUAUGUGCUGUUAUUUUUGUAUUGCAAAUGGUCUCAGAAAUGAAGUAGAAGAGAUAAAAAUACAAAGAAAAGUAAUUUGGCAAGGAUUUCAGUGUAUGGGGGGAAAAAUACAUGGGUCAGUAUCAUAUUAUCAAUACUAGAAAUAUUUUGAGUGUCUUAGCACUGUAAAUAUGUCACAAGACCUCUUUUGAUGAGUAGUGUAAAGAAUUGCGAGGUUUUAAUCACCCAUUUUAAUUUGUUAUUAUUUACCACUUUCUUGUGGCCACUGGUCUGGACUUAAUUGAACCCGAUCAAACAGCAUGCUUUUGUUUUUAUUAUUAAAAUUUCUCCUUGUUUUUCAGUUUAAAAUUGUUUUGUUUUCUUUCAGUUUUGUACUUCAGGUUUUGUUUCUUGCUUGUGAGAAGUUGAUCUUCAGAAUUAUUUUUACACUAUUUAUGAUUUAUUUUCAUAAUGUAAAAAGUGUGUAAUUAUUAAAAUAUUAAUCCAA